GCCUGACCCCAAACUCCAACCUGGUCACGCGAAGCCUCCUCGUCUUUUUCCCCUUGUGCCUUGCCAGGCUGCAUGCUGGGCGUCGUCCUCCGCCUCCCGGCCCCGAUCCCGCCUCUCCCCGGCCGCCGCCUCUCGCCCGCGCCGACCAUGGCUUCCUCCCUCCACAACGCCGGCGCCGGCGUCAACAAGCCUGACCCAGCGCCCGCGCCGGCCCCGGAGCCGCCCGAGAAGCCGCUCCCGGGCGACUGCUGCGGCAGCGGCUGCGUCCGCUGCGUCUGGGACGUCUACUACGACGAGCUCGACGCCUACAACAAGGCCCUCGCCGCCCACUCCUCCUCGGGCUCCGACGGCAAGGCCCCCGCUGAAAGCAAGCCCAGCGACGAUGUCAAGUCUUCCUGAAACGCGUGUCGUGUGUAUGCCCUCUUCUGUUCCCAAUUGAAUUACUAGCAGUCUUAUCUUAUCAGACAUGCCACUACCAAUUCUUGACACUCAAACAUUACACUAUCAUUGUGCCUGAUGUGGUAUGUGCUAGAGUAUGCUUUCUCACCCCCAUUGUUGUGUAUCAAGAGAAAGUUAUUAUUAGCAAACAAGAAAGAUUCGAUUUUUUAUGUGAAAA